AUCUCUUCAACAUUUUCUUCUACUACUACUUCUACUAUUUCUCUUUUUUCAUUUGUGUAGUCUUCUUUGGCUUUGCCUCUCUGCCUUUAGCUUAUUAUCUCACCUCUCAACUCUCUAAUGGCAAAGAUUCAUAUUUCUCAAAACUUCAUUCACAUGUUAAAGUUUUCAUUUUGAUCUGUUUUCUCCCUAUAUUUUUCAUUCUUGUCAAAAAAAAAUAAAAAUAAAAAUUCAUCACUUACAAAAAUAAAUAUUUAGCUUCUAUACUUUCAUCACUUUUCAACCCAUCAGAGUCUUGAGAUUUCCUUUUGUUUGGAUUGGUUUUAUGAGAUUUGAAGAAAUGGGGUUUUGCUUAAAGAUGCAAAAUGGUGGAUGAUUCUUGAAAAGUUUGAUUUUUUUGGGAUUUUUUUCAAUUUUUUGGAGUGUCACAUACUGGUUUAAGGCUUCUGAGAUUUGGAUUUAUUGAAGUUGUCACCAGCAGAAUUUCGAGCUUUGUACAAUGGGUAGAGGAAGAGGAAAGGGAAAGAAGCAAUCUGUUCGUGAGGAUCUCGGAAGUGGUGAAGAAGAGAAGAUACCAAUCAGGAGAAGGGGAAGACCACUGAAGCCAUCAAAGGAUGAAAUAGGGGAAGAAGAAGAAGAAGAAGAAGAAGCAAUGAAAGUAAAAGAAGAAGGAGAUGACAGUGAGAAUACAAAAGGUUCUGUCAUUAAUAAAGAUGUCAAGAACCAAGGUGUUGUGAAUGGAAAGAAGAGGAAGAGAACUUCACAAGUCAAGGAAGUAGAUUCGACGAAAGGGGAAAAUGGUGUUGGGAACAAAACUAACUCUAAUGAGUUAAUAAAGUCGGUUGGAUUUAGACAAAACGGGAGUAGAAGGAAAAACAAGCCUAGGCGAGCUGCUGAAGUUGGCGUUGAGUGCAGAUGAACAGCUCUCUUUGCUAUUGAGGACUGAUUCUAUACUGAUCUAUAUAUGCUUUUCAUUUUGCCCCUUGUUAUUGUUUCUUGUUUUUUGAAAUUUAGCUAAAACUUGCAGAAGAACUGAAUUUGUUCAAAUUCUAGUAGAUUUCAAUGUGCUGCUGCUGCUGCUAAUCGCUUAGCAGGUUCCUUGUCUUGCAUAUGUCAUGGAAAACUAAGCAAUAUUUUCCCGUGUACUCUAAUCUUUGUCGCCUUUGAUUUUAUAUGUAUGAUACCCUUCUUUGGUUUUGAAUCUGUAUUAUGUUUUUUUUGAGG